AAACGCUGGCGGAGGUAGCUCGUGAGUCAACCGCCUCGCGGUCUUGCCUUGCGUUCAGCAGCUUCCUGUCGGCGCGGUGAGCAUGCUGCUGGUCGUGUGGCUCUCCCUGUUGUGCUGCAGGUUAGCCGGGUGUGGCCCGGGACAGUACGCGCUGUCGAGUGAAGAAGGGAAACCUAAUUUUCGGUCACAACAAGCUGGAAUCCCAGGCGCGUCUUUCUACCUUGUCCCCAUGUUCCACCAUGCACCGGGGCCGCGGGUCGCCCCGGAGCUGUUCCGGCCGGUUCAAAGUAGACGGCCGCUCCCAGCGGGGCUCACGGCGCUGCUCUUCCCUCCAACACAGCAGAAGCAGAGCGGUGCCGCCAGGAGCCCGCGCGGUGUGGAGGUGUGGUGCGGAAGCCACAGCGUCUCUGUGCGCGUGGAUCUCCACCAGCUCGGAGCGUGGUCUGCUCCCGACCGAUUCCGGUUGGGCUCGUGUGCAGCCAGCAGCGUCAGCUCCAGGUUCAUAUAUUUCCAGUCUGGACUGAAGGAGUGCAGUGGAGCCUCUACGAUCGUUGGAGGUCAGCUGGUUUAUACCAACUUUCUGUCUUACACUCCACUUCCACAAGGCCACGUCAUCAGAGCUCUGCCCCUUGACCUUCCCAUCCACUGUCAUUACAACAGGUUCCAUUACUCCUACAAGGUUGGCUACAAACCUCAGGUUCAUCACACAACCUAUAUGAAGACCAUCAGGAGUAAACGCAUCUUCCGCCUCACUGUCUGCAAUGCCCAGUGGCAGCCUCUGCCUCCUGCUCAGUGGUUCUCUCUGGGGGAGCCAAUGUAUUUUGCUGCCCACACAGGAGCUCUCUCGGCUGGGGAGAGGUUGUACAUGGAUAUGUGCUAUGUUUCGACCUCCAAAGACUCCAACUUCAUGCCUAGACUGGAUGUCAUUAAUAAUUAUGGUUGCAUGACCGACAGCAGGAGAGAGGGCAGUAGUUCCCGUUUCUUUACAGCAGGGGGCAGUGUGGUGAGGUUCUCUGUGGAUGCAUUCCUGUUCUCUGGAGUCACACAACUGCUGUAUCUCCACUGUGCAAUGUCAGUACGCUCUGGCCCUUCCCCCAGCUCCAAGUCCUGCAACUUUAACAGGAUCACCAGGAGAUGGGAAGAGUUGGAGGCACCGCCCUCUGUAUGUUCCUGCUGUGAAUCCAUGUGUACAGAGACACUGAGCUGGCCGUCCUCUGUUUCUCCAGGAAUCAGGAGUGUAGUCAGCAGUUUUGGCUGGCACGUCAGAGGAAUGGAUGGAGACAAACCACUGAUGGCAUCUUUCCAAGCAGAGGAGGGAAGAGACAGGGAGGAACAACAAAGGAAGAGGACAGAGGAAAGGAUGGACAAGGUUAUACAAUUAAGAGGAUUAAUGCUUCCUCAGGCAUCAGAGGUUGGCUCUGACGAGAAAGAUAAGGCCUUUCCUAAGCCUAGCUCUUUAUAUCUUGCUGGAGAAACAAUGCUGGGCUUUAGUGGGGCCAGAGAAAUGGGUAGCAUAAGCCCGCAGGGGAAGGGAGAAGUGGAGGAAGUUAAGAAAGAAGAGGUAGUUAUGGAGGAGGCAAAGCACCAGCUGGCAGGAGUGGGAGCAGUAAAUGGCAUUCUUAUGUCUGGUAAGACGUCAGAGGCCAACAGAGAAAGGGAAGGUCCCACUAGGCUAGUGCAGAUCAUUAGUACCAAGAGUAAUACUGUUGAUGAAAGAGAUGGUUAUGGAACCACUAAUAUCUCUACAGACAGUUUCACUAUUGGUAAUGUUAAUACAAGUGAACAUAUAAAUAAUGUCUCGACAGCUGCUUUUUUUGAACUUGAUUCUAGUAGUGAUCGUACUACGGGAAGUAAUGUCGGCUCUACUGGCAAGAGUAACGCAACCAGGAGAAAUAGUUUUGAAGUUGGUAACAUUACCAGUGAAAGCGGUGAUUUGAGAGUGAGGUCUGGUAACAUAACUAGUAUUGCCCACAGAGGGAGCUUUACCACCUCUGUCCGUGGGAAUCACACAGGCAGUAGAUUAGAGCAAUUCCACGGAACAUAUUCCAGCACCAGUAGCUUUAAAAUGGACCAUGCUGCUGCUUUUGAUGCCAAAGAAUCAGGGAUGACCAGGCAAGGCUCUGUAUCUGAUGAACUUGAAUGGAUCAGACAGUUAGAACAGAGUAAAGCAGUGGACAUGAUACCUAACAGUAUACAAGGGCUAGCAGGUGGUUCUACAACCACUAAAGGUCCAGAUUCUAUUGAUGGUCUGUUUCGAAGUCUACAGAUUACAGGCUUAGAAUCACACCAAUCUGCUCAUCCAGUUGUGACUGAACCUGUCAUGGUAGCAGGGUUAGUUGGUGGAUCUGAUUUUGAUUCUGUUUAUAAUAAAGUUCCACAUCGGGAUGCAUUUAGUGGUGUAAUGAAGAUGGAGGAAGCAGUCAUAAAACAAGGACAAUUUUCUGGUUCCAACAUAGGACCAGCUGUUAAUUCUCACUCUGCUGUCUUAGAGCAGAUAGGUCAUAAGAACCCUACUCACUCUGCUGUGGCCAUAGUUACCUCUGAAGUCCUAGAGACAAGCCAGUUGACUAACAAGGAGUGGUCAGAGAUGGACUUAGCAUGGAAUUAGAACAGGGUAGAGUUUGGUAGGGAGGGGUAGAGCAGCGAGUUCAGGAGGCUGGGUAGAAAAGGAGUUGAAAUUACUUGUAUGUAACUUUUGAAAUACCCAAAAGAAAAACUCACCUUCAUGGUUCAUAGUUGACAUAUUUAGUCAGAUCUCUCUGACCAAGUCUCUUGACAAAGAUAUUUGUAUAGAUUUUUUCUUUUUAAAUAAAAAAGCAUGAUUAACACUU